GUGGAAGCUAGUGCAUGCACCCGCACGGUUGAUACGCCCCGCUAUCGAAGCUUCGAGUCCGCAAGCAUACUACCCCAACCUGCAGCACCCAUCACGCUGCACUUUACCGUGUUCGAAUUCAGCAACGUAGCGUGUUGAAAUCAACAGUCGCCGAAGCUUGCCAGCCCUCCCUACCGAAAGCUCAAUCGCCGAAAUGGCAUCCCCCCAGCAGUCCAAGAAGCGCCUUGCGCUCGCAAUCCUCGACUUCCUCCAGACCUCGCAGACCGACGGCUCGGUGACACCAGACAACGCCGAGCAGCUCGAGGUCGCCGCCAACUGCAUCGCCGAAGCCUUCGAGGUUGAUGUCGAUGAUGCGGCCGCAAAGAAGGACGCCCUCGGCGGCCAGAACCUGCUCUCUAUCUACAACGUCUACGAGAAGCUGAAGGGCAAGACCACUGCCUCGACAGAAGGCAGCUCGUCUGCCACUGAAGCCCGCCCUGCGACCCCCCAGACAGCCUCCACCACCGCAUCGGGGCCUGGCGGGCCGAACAAGGACGAGGCAGAGCGCCUGAAGGGCCUUGGCAACGAGGCGAUGAAGAAGAAGGACUACACCUCCGCCGUCAAGCACUACUCUGCCGCGCUCGACGUUAUCCCUCUCAACCCCAUCUACCUCUCGAACCGCGCCGCCGCACACUCGGGCAUGGGCAAGCACGAGCUGGCCAAGGAGGACGCCGAGAUGGCUGUCGCUGCUGAUCCCAACUACUCCAAGGCGUGGUCGCGCCUUGGCCUCGCAAAGUACGUUCUCGGUGACGCACAGGGCGCCAUGGAGGCAUACAAGGCGGGCAUGGACGCCGAGGGCGGCGGCUCAGAAGUCAUGCGCAAGGGCUACGAGACCGCGAAGAAGAAGUACGAGGAGGAGGGUGGUGAUGUUGGCGCUCCUGAGGCCUCGCGAGGCGCGCCCGGCGCUGGUGCAGGCGGCAUGCCCGACCUGUCUGCGCUCGCUGGCAUGCUCGGCGGCGGUGGUGGCGGUGGCGGUAUGCCUGACCUUGCUGGCCUCAUGCAGAACCCUAUGAUGAGGCAGAUGGCGCAGAACCUGAUGAGCAACCCCGACAUGAUGAACAACCUCAUGAGCAACCCCAGGUUAGCUGAGAUGGCCCAGCAGUUUGGUGGCGGCGGUGGAGGUGCUGGUGCUGGUGCUGGUGCUGGCGCUGGUGCUGGCGCUGGCGCUGGACGUGGAGCUGGCGGCGGCAUGCCCGACCUCGCAAGCCUUAUGAACGACCCCAACAUCGCUGAGAUGGCCCGCAACUUCAUGGGAGGAGCUGGUCGCGGAGGCCCCCCACAGUAGUGGCGUGGUCAAUUUCGCAGCGCCUCUGUACCACCACACAACAGUCGAGUUGGAUGAGUCUUGUGCCUACUCACACAUGCAUUAGUCGUUCUGCCCCCAAAGAUAAUGAUACCAUGUUUAUGU